GUGGUAGGUAGCAGUAGGUAGGUGAUAAAAUUGAUAAGCACACAGUACUUGUUGAUUAAAAAUUGAAUCAAUAGCAAAACAAACGGAAACGCGGAGCGUACGGGGAAUUUCACAAAAUUGUUAUUAUGCAAGUUAACGAUAUAUUUGUAUCAAACUAUGCAGUCCAAGUUUUUAUUGUCGUCUUCUGUAUUAUCAAUUCCAUUGUAGGACGAAAGUUUUCUGAUGAAAGCUAUUACCCUGGAGACUACUACAAUGCCCAGCAAGCGCAGUAUGCCAAAAUUAAAACCGCGCUAGGAAAACUUGAACAUGCACCCCAGUAUGUCCCAAACUGGCCUAACCCCAACAUCAAACUCGGACAAGUGUCCGGAGUAGCGCUGGAUCCAACCGGUGAGCUCAUGGUCUUCCACCGAGCGGACAACACCUGGGAUGAAACCACAUUCACCAUGCGUAAUGUGUACCAGAAGAUAGGAGAGCCGCCCAUUCCUCAUAACACUGUGCUGGUCUUCAAUGAAACUGGAGAGCUGGUGGAUAUGUGGGGGAAGAAUCUUUUCUACAUGCCCCAUGGAAUCACGGCGGACAAGCAGGGCAACGUGUGGCUGACCGAUGUGGCGCUGCACCAGGUCUUCAAGUUCACACCGCGGCAGAGGGACCAGCCUGCCCUAGUGCUUGGGGAAAAGUUCGUACCAGGCAACGACGAGCGCCACUUCUGCAAGCCGAGCGCCGUCGCCGUCCUCGACUCUGGCGAGUUCUUCGUGGCUGACGGCUAUUGUAACACGCGCGUUAUGAAGUUUGGCCCCGAUGGGGAGUUGCUACUGCAGUGGGGUAGCCAUUCCCGAUUCGCCUCCCCAUUCUCAUUCAACGUGCCGCACGCCCUAACUCUGGCCGAAGACAGAGGCCUAGUUUGCGUGGCGGACAGAGAAAACGGUAGAGUCGCCUGCUUCCGUUCGGAUAAUGGGACCUAUGUCGUUGGGUUCAAGAACUGGCUUAUCGGCCCGAGGCUGUUUAGUGUUGCCUAUUCUCCAGUUAGAGGUGGCCGCCUCUACGUAGUCAACGGGCCGUCGGGCAACGUUCCUGUGCGAGGCUACGUCAUCGACUUCACUUCCGCUCGGCUUAUCGGCACUUUCGCUCCGGAGGCAGAGUUCAGCAACCCACAUGAUGUGGUUACUACCGCUGAUGGGUCUAAAGUCUACGUCGCCGAACUCAAUCCUUUCAGGGUAUAUAAAUUCGAAGACGAUGUGUUGCGGAACGAAACGAAAAUUGAGAAGAAUAUGAGCGUGCCAGUCAAACCUACAACCACUAUCGCGCUCGGCGACCAAACCGCCAUGGUGCCGCUGGACACCUGGGACACUUGGCGCGGCGCGGUGGGCGGCGCGGCCGGCGCGGCGGGCGCGGCGCUGCUGGCCGUGGCGGCGCUCGCGCUGCUGCGGGCCAGGAACAAAGGUCGCAAAGGGGUGACGCGACGCCGCUGGGAGUACGGUCACGGCGAGUUCAAGCUACGGCGACUGCUCGAACGACGGCGCUUCACCCGCGUACACUCUGACGACUCGGACGAGGAACCCGCGCCGAUGCUGCCACAGCCCCCUGCUAACGCGUGAUCACUGCGACUCGACUCUGGAUUAUUGAUGCGAAUUGCUUGAAGAAAGGUAAUGUUCAGAAAAUAAAGAAUAGGGAAUCA